CUGGCGGCGCGGCCAUGGCGGGGACCGCGGCGGAGGCCACGGGCGAAGCCACGGUGCGCGCGUUCCUCACCAAGGUGCUGUGCGCGCACGGCGGGCGCCUGCUGCUGCCCGAGCUGCGGGCCCACGUGGAGCUGUCGGAGCCGGGGCUGCGGGCCGUGCUGCGUCGGGCGGGUCCCGAGCGCUUCUUGCUGCACGACGUGGCGAGGCGAGCCGGGCCGUGGGACCCCGAGGCCGAGGUGGCUGCCGGCACGGGCCCGGGCGCGGGCGACGGUCCCCGGGACUGCCGGGUGUUGGCCGUGUCCUCCGCGCGCCUCUGCGCCCGCUACCAGCGGGGCGAGUGCCAGGCCUGCGACCAGCUGCACCUUUGCCGGAGGCAUAUGCUGGGCAAGUGCCCCAACCGGGACUGCUGGUCUACCUGUACCCUUUCCCAUGACAUCCACACUCCUGUCAACAUCCAGGCGCUGAAGCAUCACGGAAUCUUUGGCCUCAAUGAGGCUCAGCUUCGCAUCUUACUUUUGCAGAACGACCCUUGCUUGUUACCAGAGGUCUGUUUGCUCUACAACAAAGGCGAGGGUCUGGGUUACUGCAACCUCAAGGAUCAGUGCACCAAGUUUCAUGUGUGCAAAUCCUUUGUCCGGGGUGAGUGCAGGCUCCCCAAAUGCAGACGCUCCCACCAGCUCAUUCAUGCUGCCUCCCUGAAACUGCUGCAGGACCAAGGGCUGAACGCACUCAGUGUGGUGAACUUCCAGAUCAUCUCUGCCGAUCGGCAUAUGAAAAUGCACACUAUGUUGGAAAAUAAAGAUACUUCAGCUGCUGAGGCUGGGGCAGCCCGAGGCUCAGUUUCUGCCCCAGCUCAACCAGCCAAGGAGCCAUGUAUUGGCAGCCCAGCCGGAUGCCAGUGA